CAAAUUCUCUGUUUGGGGGUUGAACUUUGUGCUUGUAAAACUGAGUAUAAGGAGUUUCGGGCUUGUUUUAUUGUACAGGCAGGUAUCUAGUCCAAUUUCAAACAAUAAAACCAUUACAUAUUUUCAAACUUCCUCUCACCACUCCCAUCAAAUAACACUUAUCUGCCAUCUCUACUGUGUUCCUCCACCACAAGAUCUUGUUUAAACAGGAAAUGCAUUAUCAUAUGCCAGAUACCAGAGUCCACUUAAGGGUUGUGUCCUCGUGAUUUUGGAAUCUCAGUGUUUGCAGUAGACCUAUUGCUCAUCAUGAAGAUGUCAGAGAGUGAUCUUGAAAUUCAGGAAACAACUUGCAAUUACUGUCUGGUAACACAAAACGUUUGGCCACUCCUAAUCGAGGGCAAUGCUGUCGUUCGGGCCUACUUGCUUUGUCAGUUCCAAAGUUUAAAAGUUCACACAAAAGAAACAGACAGAUUUGCAAAAUCAUACUAUCAAAGGUGCUCUUACCUGAAAACCUGGGUGAAGAAAUGACUGGGGUACUUCAGCUUCUACUCGAGGCUCUAUCAAAUGACAAACAUCACAUCACUUUUCUGUCUAUGGGCUUUUUUGUUACUAACAACAUAUGUGGACUUGUAAUCGUAUUUAAUAUUGUAUUGUAUUGUAUUGUAUUGUACAGCCUGCCAAAACACCAGAAUCUGCUAAGAUGAAUUGACACUUCGCCCUUACCUGUAACAGUUUGGCUCGUCUGGCGGAUGUCUCCAUCUUGUGGUCAAACGGGAUAUUACACAAAGAUGAGGGCCUGACUACAGAGUAAAUAGUUUCUUUAACUUCACUAAUUAAUGUUUUAAGCAUUAUAAGUGGUUGGCCGCUGGAGUAAAUGUAUAUUUGACUUACAUUUGUGGUCUAAAAGAACAACAUAUAAGCAAGGCUACACUCGUUAAUCUGUCGGUAUUAAGCUAACUGUAGUUUUUUGAGUCCAAAUGAAUUGCACCUUUUAGUUUACUAUACUGCUCUUUACCUGCCUUGUUUUCCUAGUAAACUAAUUAUUUUAAGUUUUACAGUUAAAUAAAGCACAACCCGUCUCAAAGUAGGUUGUUUCUGAGGGGUAAAGACUGCAAUUAUUCUCAACAAAAAUAACAACUGCCCAACUAGUACCUUCGAAUUCCCACGGCUACAGUCCUGCUCCCGCGAGAUGUUCUCGAGCAACGAGCCGACCGUUGCCAAGGAUACAACAGCGUCGCAAUUGGAGAGUCUUUGAGGAGAACUACACUUAACGGGAGCAAAAAGUCGAGUAAAAAAGGUAAGCCUUUUUUUCUCCAUACAACCAUAACUAUAAACGUACUUGUGAUACGGAGUCAAAUUACCAGGAAAUAAUAACGUAAAUCAUAUCAGAAGCUAAACUGUCGUCGCGUCGUCAUGACUUAACCUGCGUAGCCAAAGUUUGUCCUGGCUUAUGAAUGGUAGACUACCAGUGGAUAGAUAGAUAACCACACAAAUAACCUUAAGCCACGACUGAUAACUUCUAAACGAAGUCCUAACACACCAAGUAAGAGUAACUUUUCCUGUAAAAACAAACAAGCAAAAACAAUUAAGACAUGCCAGGGACUGUGUGACUUUACUGCACUGAAAGUCUCAAAAUCAGGUCAACGUGUGACUGUUAGUGGUAGACCUAUAAAAGACCAGACUACAACAAAAUCUAUGCUUCUACCUUUGCUUCCUGCAGUUUUCUCCUUCAUUAGACUGUGUGUUUAUUACUUUCUCCAUAAAUGUAGUAGAUCAUGGAGCCUGAAGACGAACUGAAUGAUUUGCGGCUUCAGUUUCAAGAGCUACAAAGACAACAGGAGAGAAGAAAACUGGAAAGAAAAAAGGAGAAAGAGGAGACUAAACUUAAUACCAUUAUCACACAUGAUGAUUUGGAUUUAUCUAAGCAAGGAAUUCAGGAAGACAAUCUUGAAAACAGGUGAGUAAAAGGGAUUAUAGUGUGUGACUUGGUGAAUUUGGAUAGAUACUCAACGUAAUAACUAUUUUGGCAGAGUAUUUAUUAAGGAUGCACCAAUCCGAUAUUUGGAUCGGAUAUCAGCUCAGAUAUUGACAAAUUAACUGGAUCGGAUAUCGGAUGAAUGACGCUGAUCCAGUGUUCCGAUCCAGUCUUUUAUUUCUUUUAAUUAAUUUUUCUUUUAAUAGAUGGAAGUCUUACUUCUUUUUGCUGUGUGCUAAUGGCAAUUUGCUAUUUGUUUAUAAAUAAUAUGAAGUAAAUUUAUAUCUGUGUUGACUUGUUACAUUUUUUUUAACAAGGCUAAUGUCAAGCCUGAUGCCUUCACUCACAGGGCAAGGUAUACAAUUUAUUCAUUCAACAGUAGUAUUGAAUCGGUAUCGUAUAUUGGCUGAUAUGCUCAGCCCAGGUAUCGAUAACAGAUUGGAUCAGAAAAAAGUAGAUGGGUGCAUCUCUAGUAUUUCUCAAUAAUCUUUUUGAGCAAUUGUGAUUUUAUGGUGUAUUGAAUCUCUCUUAUGUAUCGCUCUUUUUAAUAACUCAAUUGUAGACUGCUACAGAGUGAAAAUGAACAUCUACUGGACCAGGUGAGGGGACUCAGGGAUGAAAAUGGUCGGCUCAUUAAGCUUCUCAAUGAAAAGGAUUUUGAAAUCAAACAUUUGCAAAAGAAAAGAGAGGAAGAGCGACAGGCUUUUGCAGGUACGGUACCUUAUUUGUUUUGCACCACAAUGGUGUAAUUUUAACACCACUACUUCCUUAUGACUCAUCCACUUGUCCAUUUAGGCACAUCAGGCUUAGAAGGUGAUAAAGCAGCCACCAAGAUUGUCGAGCUGUCCAGGAAGAACCGAGAGCUGAGUGCUGAGAUAGCAAGAGAAAACAUCAAAUCCAAGCAGAACAGCAAAAAAAUCAAAGAUCUUGAGAAAGAGGUGAAGUUUUGUGCUGAAUGAACCGUUGAAUUCCACUAUGUGGAUGGAAAUUUCUGUUUUCAAAACACUCAUGUUUGUAUCUAUUUAAGCCAUACUAAGAAUAUUCAUUAAUUUUUCUCUUUUCGUAGCUGAAGGCUGCUUUGAUGAACCCUCCACCUGAGCAAAAGUCUGACAAAAAGUCCAAAAAUAAGAGCUCACCUGUGGACUGUGAGGUAAAGAGAGAAGAUUAACUUCAGAGUAUACUUCUUUUUUUUUGUUUUAACUUAAUGAUGACACCAUAACCCGAAAAAUUUUUUAUUUUCUCAUCACAGCAAGAAGAUCCAUUGGUAAAAUCUCUACAGGAAAAACUGGCUGCUGCCCAGCUGAAAGUGAUCGAGUAUCGCAACCAGGUUCAAUCUGCUAAACAGGAGUUGAAAAUAGCUCAAAAGGUACAGCAUUACCUUUAUUUAGCCUUUGAUUGCUCAGUAAUUUUACAACAUAAUAGAGAUAAAAGAUUAUUUGGUAGGCCGAUAGAUUGGGCUGGUUAUUGGCUCAUUUAAAAAAUAGCUAUCACACUGGUAUCAGCUGACAAGGUUGUUGUGACCAUCAUCUUUUUUUGCAUGAUAACAGGUUUUUCCCAUCCUUAAUGACAGCAUGUCAAAUCUGAAAUAUCUAUCAAAAGUCAAUGAACGUUUCUAUUUCAUGAAUUAAUACUAAGAAAUUAAUCUCAAACAUGUUACAAGAUAAGCCAACCAUGUGUGUUAAAAUAUAAGUGCAUGGAAUAAUGCACUUGUAAUAAAUUUCAUCAUUCCAUGCACUUAUGUUUGGCUGGCUGUGGAAAAAUGAGUUCGAAUACCUGGAUUUUGAAAGCAUUAAAUAACACUUACCCAUUCUGCCAAAAUGAUUUAGGCUCAUUACAGCCCUUCUAAGUAACAAAUGUCCUUUUUCCUUUCUUUGUCAAAGCUUUCAAGUUAUUGAUCACCCUGGAUAUCAGAAAGGAAUGUCAACAAAAUGCCAACCCCAGCUCUACUAUGAUUAACAAAUAAUCUCAACAAAUCUGUGUUAAUAUGAACUGUUAAUGUUGCUGUAGGUUUUGAUCAGUGAAGUUGGAGAGGAGGUCAAUUUCCAGCAACUGCUUAGCUGUCCUGGGAGUUUCAGAGGUCGUUCCCAGCAGAUUCUGGCUCUUCAGAUCAGGGUAAGGAAGACUACCACCAUAGUUUGUAAUUCAUGAUAAGGUUUAUUUCAUUAAGAAGAUUGAAAAUAAGGGCUGUGUUUAAAUAUUAAUGAAAUGGGUUUGUGCAACAGGUGAGAGAUCUUGAGCAGCAGCUGCUGAAUCAGUCAUCCCAGCAAAGGCAGCCGAGUGUCCUGAGUGUAGAGGAGGAGUUACUUGGAAUGGGGACCCUGAAGAAAACCCCUCCUCAAGACAGGAACCUCAGCCACAUCCGCGCCAUGGAGAAGGAGAAGAGAGAAGCUUUUGAGGUGUGCAACCAUUAAAGGGGUAUUCGGCGUAAAAUUAAUUUAGGGUCCAACACACCAUAACACCGAGUUAGACACCACCUUGAGGGAUGAAUGUUGCCGACCGCUUGCUUCUCUAGUUAAACCAAUUUUAGUAACGACUGUACAAUAGCAAUACACAGCAGUCUGAGGAGCCAUGAACAAACCUAAACCAAAACACCACUCUAUAGCCACAAAUAAUGCUCAGAACAGCACCUAACUUCAUCAACAGUACACAUUGGGUCCCAGCCACAGCAUUAGCCACCAAACAUCUUUUUAACUUUGCCUAAUUUCUUUAGCAAAGAGACUAAACACAACUCACCUACUCUCUUCCAGCAGCUGCUUGUUUGUAGCCAGACCUCAGGCCAGUCCAUUACAGACUACAGCGGGGUGACGCAGCUCAAGGAAGAACAUUUAUGAUCAUUUAGGGUCACAUUAUGGUGUGUUUGACCCUUAAUUAAUUUCACAUCGGAAUAUCGUGUAAGUAUUAACAAAUUGGAAUAUUUAUUUGUACCUUCUACGGCGCCCUUUCCACAUCUGUGCAGAGGAUCUCGGCGGACCAUGAAGCCCUCCAGAAUGAGCACGAGGAUGUAAAGAAAAAGCUGGAAGCUUCAAAAUCCAGGAACAAAAUUCUGUCUGCUGAGAUAAAAACUCUGAAGGUCCAGAUCUCCACCCUCUUCGAGAAGGGCAAACAUGACGACGAGCUUGUGGCUGCUCUGCUGGUAAGGCAUGAUCGUAAAGUUCAGAAUCUAGUUUACAGGUGUAUAUCUCAGCCAGACUCAGUGUAGUAGGAGAGUUACAGAGUAUGUUUACUUACAUUUUUAAUGAUUGUGUAAAAAACCCUGUACUCUUUUUUUCUUUUGCAUCAUUUACAAGAAUCUCUGCUCCUCUGUUUACUUCCUCUGACAGAAGCAGCAGAGCCAGAUGCAGGAGGUUCUGAAACGUCUCAGCCAACAGCAGAACAUACAUAACAAAGAGACCCCAGUGACCCCGAGACUCCAGCAGAACAGCGAGUCUUCAGAGCAGAGCACUCUCAUUAAGAAGCUCAAGGAGGCAAAUGCCCUCAAAGAGGCUAAGAUCAAGGAACUGGAGGCUGAAAUCCAGCUGCUCCCUGUCAGAGUAAUUGAAAUGAUAUGUGAACUAACGUCGCUGAAGCUUUUUGUCUACAAUGAAAAUGUAAUUAGUAAGUAAUAAUGAUGCAGCACUUACAUGCAUUAAAUGUUUGCAGCUUUUGCAGGAAGAGGGCGGUGUAAGACAACCCAGUCUCAGGACAGCAGACUGCAGUUCAGGGCUUUUACCUGAAGAGGGAGACAAUUACAAGAGGAUGUCGUCUUCGGGGUAUGUUCACUAGUUCUUAUCAUGCUGAAUAAUAAAUGAAGUUUGAUGUUGUGUUUUUGUUGUGUUUUUACUGACAUGCAGUUCCUCACCAACAACCAUUGAGACUUUUGACAUUGUACAUCUGCAACUGGAGCUGAUUAAGGAAUUAUUGUAAUCAUUUUUUUGUGUUAUUUGAUACCUCACAGCAGUGAAAGGUUUUCUGUUGGGCUCUCAACUGCCUUUUUUUCUUUUUUGUUCAGAUCUUUCUCUAAAUUUGGCCAUAAACUAGUGCUGCCUGCUGUUGGAGGCUGUAUAGAUAUUCAAGUAAGUGGACAUACACAAACCCCAUUAUAGCUCUACGCUGAUACACCUGUGACAUAUUUGCUGAUGUACUGCUGCGUGAUGAAUUGACAGCAUGAAUUAUGUUUAAUGCUGUGUCUUCUGUCCUUGUUGUCUCUCUAAAAUGUGAACCAUGUUCAGCUGAUUUGAGUGCACAGAUGACGCAUAAUCAGGAAUAUAACACACAUUGUGCAGAGAGGGAUAGACAGGUUGAUGCACAACAUUAAAUAUAAGAUUUUUCUUCCAUAUUCUAUUUCUGGGAACAUGUUACAUGCUACAUUUCAAAAUACUCAAAGCCCUGCACAUGUUUCUUUUUUAGCAUGAUGUGCAUGAUUAUUGAACAAGUUUACAGCUCCAGUUCAUGUUUAUGUUUGGUAGAAAAAAAAAAAAAAAAGAACUUCAAAGUAUUUAGUCUGUAUCACAAUAAAUAGCUAUUUUGUCCAGCAGCCUUGUAAAGUAAAGCCAGUGCAGAAGUGAAAAAAACUUCAGUUUCUCUUACAGCUGGCUGCAAAAGAAAGCUACAUGUAGAUCCAAAUACACCUCCUCUAAAAAGCCCAUCUUUUCAGCAAACAUGUCAACAGCAUUGUUCAAAGGACGAUUUUUGUCUGAAGAACCCAUUUCUCUUUCCACACAUGCUGCGCAGGGGGAAAAUCAUCUCAGAUCAUAAGUUUUAGAAAUAUAAAAUUUGGGGGUUUUUGGGGACGCAGAUGACUUGACUGAUGGGUGCAAAACAUCUGUUAGAGAAGAGGCUGAAAGCUCACCUUAACUGCACCUCUUUCCUCAAGCUAGGUUGAAUGUAGUUUGUUUGAUUCUGCUAUUCCGAUAUGGUGACCACCAUUGUUGGGCUUUAAACUUUACUUCAGUGACCAAUGGCUAAUAUCACUGAGAUUACAUGCAUGUUUUAUACCGUUUAUGAAUUUUGCUAAGAGGCAUGAGGUGGAGGUCAAAGCAAUUUAACUUUUAUUUCUUUUCCUUCUCUGAAAUGCCACUGCACAUAAAAAUGUGGGACUACUUUAUGUAACUGAAAAUGUAUGUUAUGUAAUUAUUAUUUAGUGUAUUAUUGAAGUCAUAUGCAUUGACUUUUUUCCCCACAAAAUGCAGCUGAAAAAGAGUGACAGUAUUUAUCAGGAUUUAGCCUUUCAGCGCCAAUAUUCACUCACAGUUGUGGAAAGCACCACUUAUCUCUAAAGCAAGCGCACUUUUCAUGACUGAGCCCAGCUGGCGCUCACAACUACAGAGCCAGAGGGAUGAAAGCUGAAGGGGCAUGGUGCUCCUCUAGCAUGGGUCUCAAAGGUCAAAGAUGACAUAACUGGAAAAUGGUUUCAUGGAGAGUAACGUCUCAACCCAAAAACAGCAUAUUAAAAAAAUAAUAAUAACUUGAUGUCAGAGUCCAUUGCCCUAAACAUGAACUCUUGUGUGAGUCUUGUGUCAGAAAAACAGAACAAAAGUUGGUCUAUAGCUAGAGUUGUUACUCCUUAGAAGCCACAUUUGUGUAUUUUUUCAUAGCAGAGACAGAUCGCCUAAUAACCAAAUGACAAAGGGGUUAUUUUCAUCUUUGAGUACUAAUGGUAAAUAGUUAAAAACUAGUUCCAAAUGGGAUUUCACCAUAAUUUGAUUUGACUGAGAACUAUCAACAUGUAAUUUUUUUCUCAUUCUAAUUAACUACAGAAUUUUUCUAUCUCAUGUUCAAGAUUCCAUAUUUUGUCUUUAAAAGCAGUUUUUGAGUCAGUAUCAACAAUAUAAAGCAAUUCUUACCAUAUGUCUGAAUUGGGAACCAAAUUAAUGCAAUUAAAUGUACCUGAACCCACAGUGUACUUUCAUCUGCAGGUCUGUGGCCUUUUGCACACUCAAAAAAGUGCUUUCCCAGCUUUUGUGACACGCUUGUCCACUGACAUCAGUCUGAUUAGUUGCAUCUGCAUGCUUAGCUUGUAGGUGGUAGCGCAAACUCAAAGUGCUUGGCUGAUAUUCAUUCUGUCUGACACAGAGUGAAUAUUACUUUAGACUUUUCAAGCGAGCCAUCUGGGAGUUGUUUGAAGUGAAAUGUGCCAUUUAGAAGCACAGCGGCACCUUUAUUUUCAAUCAUGGCAUUAGCCGAAAGCAGCAAGACACUGCGGUGAAUCAACUGCAGGGUCAAAAUAACAGGCUAUUGAAAUACAUGAUAAUUGUGGACCUUCAUAACACUGUAGUUAAUAUGUUAACACUGACAGUUCUAAUUUAAACAUCUUUUAUAAUGAAAACAAUGCUUGGUCUUCAGAAAGUAUUUUGCAUCAGGUUCAUUUUAUAUUCAGUGGGAUAAAACUGAAAAUGUUUACUGUGUUUUCAGCUGUAUUAUGAGUUAAAUCAGUAAAUCUAACCUUUCACGCGUCUCAAGUUUCAUAAAUCUGUCCAAUCCGUCACCAUCAAGAAGACUGUCAUCAUUUGCACUUUUGAGUAACUAUUGGAGACCUUGAAUCUUCCAGGGACACAGAGAUGAAACAGGAGUUUCCAGCUGCAGAACUGAAGUACCAGGAGGCACACCACAUAAUGAUCCUGGAGCAGCAGCUGGAGAGGACAAAAUUAGAUUCAAAGUGAGGACUUUUGAGCCAAGGCCAUAUGACAGCUUGGUGUAAGAGUUUAAAGCAGUUUCAUGUUAUUAAAAUAUUUUUUAAUCGUGAACUUCUGACUCGUCUGUCAUGUAUGUGGCAAUGGUAAUUGUGUCCUUUGGGUGCAUAUCCCUUAGCACAGGUUGGCAGAAGUCUCUGAGCAACAGUAAAUGUCCAAAGACAAACAAGCCUGUUAGAACAUUUUAUUCUCAUCUUUUCAGCACCCUGGUGUCUUAUAUUGGUUCUGAAAAUAAGGAAUAUUUUCAGUCUUUCCUAGAGUUAAAAGGUACACCAGACCACAGAAAAAAUGAUGCACGUCAACGGUCUCUCAGCCUAGAGAGCUUAGUCUGGCCUUAGUCUGUCCAUGUACAGAGACGCUAAUGCGCUUGUACUGUAUGUUGUCUCCUGGUUGGUCAGUCAGCUUGUGGAAACAGAGGCGCUGAGGGCACUGCUAAAGAGGGCUCUCCACCGUGACCUGCGGCUCGGCUGUGACGUGAUGAGACAAGUCAAGCGUGUUUUUUUCCUGCGGGCUCUGUGACAGCCCAGACAAGACACUAACCAGGGAAACGGGCUGGUUCCUGCUCAGCCUCACGUCCAGCUGAGCCCUACCUUCUCCUGUCACAGUGACAAAGAGCAGGCUGCAAGAAACAGGCUCCCCUUUUCUGCCACACAGACAUCAUAUAGAUCCCUCCAAAGAGCAUUUUUGAUGGUUCCUUUGUGUGUUUGCCGG